UUUCAAAUAAAUUUGUUUUUGUCCAUGAAAUUGAAUUAAAUUUUUUAAUUAAAUAUUGAAAGUUAUUACUUCUAACAAUCAAAUAUAAAAUAAAAUAAACAGUGAAUAUUUUAUUUCAACUGUGAAUAGUAUAUUUUAAUAAAAUUAUUUCAUGUCGUUCUUACCUAUAAGAAGGGCAUUAAUAAUUAAUGCUUCUGUCAUAAACUCACUUAUUACAAAACGAAGUCAAAUGAUUUACUUAAAUACAUAUAAUUGCACUAUCCAAAAAAGAUAUGCAGUAUCAGAUCACAUUAGUGCUAAUAUUAAAAAUAAGUGGUAUGAUCUGGUUGAAAGAUUAAACAUAGUAAAUCCAUUAAGUAAAACAAGAAUUCAAGCUAAUAGCUGGUUAUUAUAUGAGACUCUAAUUGACCAAAUUCCAUUUAAUAUUAUAAUGAAAAAACUUGAUUUACCUGAUACAUUUAACACUUGGUUUAUAAUCACUGAACUUCAUCUGUGGAUGGUAUUUGUAAGAAUAAUGAAUGAAAAGACCAAAGGACCUAUGAUUAGAAAUUAUAUGAUGGAAGCUUUAUGGAAUGAUGUUGAAUUUCGAACUAAAAAGUUAAGAGUAAAUCCAGAUACUCGUCAAAAUCAAGUUAAAGAACUAAGUGAACAAAUUCGUGGAGCUUUAAUUGGAUAUGAUGAAGGUUGGCUAACAAAUGAUAUAAAUCUAGCGGGAAUGGUAUGGAGAAGAAUAUUUAAUCAACAAUGCAAUGAUCCACAAAAAUUAGAAAUAGUUGUAAAAUAUAUUAGAAAACAGAUGGCUAAUCUUCAAAUGCAAUCAUUUGAUAGCUUAUAUACAAACAAAGAAAUAAAAUGGAUUAACUUUGUAUAGAAACAAAUUAUAUUGUAAAUAGAAUAACAAUGUAAUAUUACAUAUACAUAUUAUGUAUGUCAUUAUUUACACUAAAAUAUAUUUAAACGCAUAUGAGUAUAUAAAUACUACAUGCAUGUAUAUAAGUUCUCCUUUUAUACUUCAACAUGUUUAAUAAAAUUAUAGUUGAAAUUCA